GCUAACCGUCUAAGAGUUCCACUGACUGAGUGUCAUUUCCAGUCACCCAGGAGCUGAGCUGUGUUGCAACUGGGCGGGUUUGCUUGGGAGGUUGUUUGCCUCCCGAAGGUGGGAGGCCUCACGAGGCCUCCGAAAGUGAGAAAUUGUCCCAAGACUUCCUGAGCCUCCCACGGUGCUCAACUUUAGAGCAAGCCCACGAAAAUACCUUUCAUUCGGGUAGGUGAUAGGUGAGAGAUCGCCCAGAUCGCAUUCGCAAAGUAGCUAAGUAGCGGCUGUCCGAAGUCCAAAAUGUUGCAGGCCUUUGUGCUUGAUGGUCAAGGUGGGCCGUCCUACGCGUGGCAGGCACAUGAGGAUGAGAUCACAGCCCUCCAUUGGGAUGAAGCUCAGCGACGGCUCUUCAGUGCCUCCAAGGACAAGCGCUUGCGCAUUUGGCACUUCCCAGCGCCGGGCCGAGAGCUGAACCUUUUGGCCACGGCGGUCAUCAGUUCAGCUCCGCAUCUGACAGCACCGCGGAAUGCUGCGCAAAGUUCGCAGAUGAGACGGCCCUCCGGAUCGGGAUCCUUCAGCGCCGUGCCACAUGGUGCUGCGCCCGGCGCGGGCGGCGCGGGCAGCUAUGCUGCAGGCGCUGUCCCUCCGGCCACGGUGAGCGGCUACAGCGAGCAAAGAGGCCCACCACCCGGCGAGGACUCCGACGACGACUUGACUGGCUGGGAUCGCUGAGGCGACAGACGUUCUGCAGCAAAACGGGCCUCCCAGCCUGGCACCUCGGUGAAGCGGUUUCCGCGCAUGGGUGGCGGUGCUACUGGGGAUGGUUCAUCCAAGCGAACAUGGUUGAUCAGGCUACAGUCAUCGAAAGACUCAAAGAAACAACAACCUACGUUUUCAAUCUUUGUCCGGUUUCUUAACAAUGGCUUCAGCAUGAUUCGCGCAG